AGAUUUGAUACGUAACGCGUCAUUCUGCUUUUAGCACAAUGCAGCUGCUACGACGAGCUCAACGUCUAACCGCGCGGAAUUACAGGCUUUACUCGUCGGAUUCAAAUGUACAUCGAGGAGCAAUAUAUCUCGAUUCAAUAUUUCCAAUUCAGCUAGGAAGAUUCGACUUACGAGCACACAUACGUUACUUUCGAGAAGAACGUCUCCUCGAUUCCAUACGCAAACGAUUUUCGCCCAUAUCUCUUCACAAUCUUGCAAUUGAAGCCAUUGAAACACAAGCCAAGGACGGCGGCGUCUUCGUCAAGUUUCAGUUUACCUCUGACCAUCCUGAGAACGCGGUCAGAGACAUCGAGUACGAAUUCAGAAGCAGAGCCAAUGAGGGCGGCGGUCUUUCGUCGUGGUCAGGAAAGCAUGUCAAGGGAGUAUGGCUAGUUCGCGGUACACCCUGGCUCGAGGACAUGUAUCGCUUCCCUUCAUUGAUGGUGAAGGUUUCAUUCGAAGGUCCCGACGUCCAUGAAGAGUCUCUUUACAAUCUUUUUCGUCCCUUCGGUCGAAUUGCGCGCAUAACAGAACCAACGCCGGUUCCUCCAGGCUCCCUAAGGUCCUCCACCAUCGUUUUUGAACGAAUUCACUCGGCCACUAUUGCUCGAAACGUUCUUCACGGCCUUGAAUUCAAAGAUAACCCAUCGUCGUACACAAGAUUGCGUUGUAUGUAUGUCGAUCCCAUCCAGGCCCAUGCGAUACGGGACUGGAUAGCCAAACACCCCAAAAUUGUUCUUCCCAUAGUAUUUUUCCUCCUCGGCACACUAACGUACACCAUAUUCGAUCCAAUUCGUGUCUUGAUGGUCGAGGGUAAAAUGCUUGACUGGUUCUCAAUCAAAGAAUUCAGACUGUACCAAUGGUUAAGAGCAAACACAUACGAUCGCCUUUAUUCCCCACACACAACGGAUUCUCGCUCUGGUUUUGACGGGACCUGGAAGGAAAGAAAGGACGCUGAAGCGUCCCUCAAUGCCUACCUCAAUGACCUACCCUCAACCAUCACUUUCGUUCACGGCCCACAGGGAAGCGGCAAGUCGACCAUCAUAGAGUCUGCCGUUAAACACUCCGGACGGAGAACAUUGAUUAUUGACUGCCGAAUGCUUCAAAGGGCUACGUCCGAGACACAAUUAGUAGAUGCUCUUGCCAAGCAGACCGGAUAUUGGCCGAUUUUCUCCUUCCUCAGCUCCAUGAACAACAUGAUUGAUCUCGCCAGUGUGGGUUUAAUUGGACAAAAAGCCGGAUUCAGUAGCUCCAUCGAAGAACAGCUCCAACAGAUCCUCGACGUCGUUGCUAAAGCUCUCAAAAAUGUUCACCUCUCCGAAGUCAAGGCCCAAAAGAAACAGCGAGAGAAAGAGAAGAAUCACUUGAAGAAUGAUGCAAACGCAACAGCUUCUUCUGAAGCGGAUGAAGAGCCCAUGAAUGAGAAGCAAACAAGCCCCAAAGAGCUCGAGGAUGCGAAAAGAAAACAUAGUAAAGACGAUUUUUCAACCGUACAAUCCCUUCCCAUUGUCGUUGUGCGCAAUUUCGCUGUCAAAGGUGGGCUUAGUCGGGAGCAAGUUAUGGAUGUGCUCGCCAAGUGGGCAGCCAAACUCGCUGAAAGUCAAAUUGCGCAUGUUAUCGUCAUCAGCGACAACAGAGAAAAUUCCAAGAGACUUGCAAAAGCUCUCCCCUCGAAGCCUCUCAAUUCGAUCCCGGUCUACGACGCUGAUCCAGCGACGGCUCUAGACUACGUUCACAAGAAACUGAAAGACGCCGACAUAAAUGUACAACUCAGCCGCGAAGAGGUAACAUACAUUGAAAGACUCGGAGGGAGAUCGUCCGAUCUUGAAAGCCUCAUCCAUAAAGUCUCCAACAAACAAAGCGUGAAAGAUGCUAUCGAGGAGAUUAUCAAUCGGAGCGUUGCUGAGCAGCGGAAAUGCGCAUUUGGCGACGAUGCUGAGGAUGCAAAGAGCCUUCCUUGGACUCGAGAACAGGCUUGGUUCGUCUUGAAGAUGCUUUCUCAGAAAUCAGAAGUUCCAUACCACGAGGUUCUGCUGGAUUUCCCAUUCAAAGGCGACGAAACGCCGUUACGGAGCAUGGAACAGGCGGAACUCGUUGCUAUCGGUACACAUAACGGUCGACCUUCUGUGAUAAGACCCGGCCGGCCUGUGUAUCAUUGGGUAUUCGAACGGCUCGUCAAUGAUCCGACAUUCCAUGCAAUACAAGAGAUCGCAUUCAAUGAGGCUCUGAUGGCAAGCGCUUCAUCUACUAUCCAAUCGUGCGAAGAUGAACUCCUCAAGCUCAAAGAAAUCGGCUGGACACCGACUGCUUGGUUUUGGACGAAUCCCGCUGCGAGAAGAGCAGAAUAUCUGUUCGAAAAGAUGUUAGCUUCUGAAAAGAAACUGGAGUCUCUGGAAAAGAAGAACGCGGAGUUGAAGAAACGACUUUCAAAGUGAUGUGUGACCUCAAUUUCGAAGGAAGGAAAGAGAUGAAUGUACAUGAGCUUACACCCCUUUACAAUACUCACUGAAUACUGAUACUAGAAAAUGAGUGGAUGUAGUACUAUAAUUCCAAACAUAAUGCGUCAGGUCGUUGUGAGUCCCCCA